ACAGAACUUGCGCACCUUGACCACCAAGUCGAACGAUGCUGGCACGAUUUGGAAGACGAACGUCGCGCGACGCACCCCUUCGUGCAUGCCUCUCUUCGAUGGCGACACAUGACCGACAGUCAAAAGUAGCGCCAGCUUUGACAGUGCCAGAAGAGGCGCGGGUCAAGAAGGAACUGGCCGCGAUCGCAGCAAAGAUUGAAAACCCAUCGAUCCAGGUGACUCUCGACUACUGGCGCGACGUGGGCCGUACGCUGGGUAAAUGCCGAUCCAGUGAACUGCUUGAGGCAGCCCGUCCCCUCGUUACCAAGUCCACAUUGCUGGCCUCACCUGUUGGCUCAGUCCACAACGAAAUGAUUCGAAUCAUGCUGAAUCUUGGGUUACUUGACGAAGUGAUAGCAAUGGCCAAGUCCGGAGCGCUGCCACUGACUGGUCGCACUGUGUCGCGGAUUCUCGGUGCAUGCGUCCGGGAAUCGACCAAGGACAAAACCGCACAAGCGUUUGCCUUGUUCGAUUUGGCUUGCGCCAACAGUCAGACUGGCAUUCCCCACAUGUCGGCAUUUCACUCGCUCUUCAUCCUUUGCGCCAAAAGCAACGACCACGCCCGUUUAGCUCAGGUAAAAGCGUACAUGGAGCAACACGACGUGGCCUUGGACGCCGUCUGCCACGGCAUCUACCUCCGUAUGGACUGCCGCGCCGGCAAAGUCAAGGAGGCGAUUGUCCGGUACCACGAGCUAACGAAAGCUGGGAUGACGCUGCCUGUGAACCAUUUGAACGACUUUUUGGACGACCUGACUGAGUCGGACCACUACGACGACGCGGUCGAGAUAUUUGAAGCGCUUCAAGCGAAAAUACCGGCCAAACCGUGGGGCAAAGCGCCGUCCGUGGACGAAAACGUGCGGCACCCGUUGAAUGUGAUCUCAUACAACAUUAUGAUCAAAGUGUGUGGGAAAGAACAUCGCAUGGACGAAGCGUUCAAGUGGUACGAGGCCAUGAAGUCCAAGGGCCUCAAGCCGUCGACCGUCACAAUAAACACGAUGCUUCACGGUGUGUUCCACGGCCAGUUUCGACGAAUCAACUCGGGAGUUGUCUACACCGGACUGGCCGGCCUCGGGGCAAUCGUGGGGACGGCCUUGUACACGUCCGACUUGUCCGAGUCGGGAGGUGCUGUUGCUAUUACGUCUGCCAUGCUGGCAUCGAUGGCUGUCGGCAUCUACGUCAACCCAUUUGGUGUCAAGAAAGCAAUCUACCCAAACGAGUCUGGCCAGCGCGAACCGGUCCCGCAGGCGAUUCUCCGACGCCUGGACGAAGAGGAACACAUCGGUCGGCUGAUGUUUUUGUGGCAAGAGCUGCUUGGGUAUGGCCUGAUGCCGGAUCCUGCCACGUUUGACAUUCUCGUUCGCACGUGCGUGCGCAAACGGCAUCCAGAACUGGCAGCGACUGUGCUCCUGGACACGUCCAACCCCAACUCGAUUGCGUCGCGACGAAAGGUCAAGGGGAACAAGUAUCAAUUCGAGCUCAGCCUUGCGACAACGGUGCAGCUCCUCCAAGCGCUAGUGGCCCAGAAUCUCCUCCCGCUGUUUGACCAAGUGUUUCACUUGGCCAACUCGACCCACCGCUUCGAGGAAAUUACAAAGCGAGUGCAUGGGGGCUCUGUAAGAUACGCCCUCGGAGUGUUUCAAACUCCCAAGGCCACGGCCCUCGCGCUUGUCAAGCUGCUGAAUCCCUACGUGAAGCAUUCAAUGCCGGCACAUCCGAUUUUGUUUGAGGUGCAGAACUCCCAUGCGGUCCUCGACAUGCUCGACGUGUUGAAUCCAUCGAUCCGGUCGCUGUUUGUCAUGGAAGAUGUUCAAGGGGCUGGUCAUGGGCUCGGAGUGGUGCCUGUGAACCGCCAGCGUCUCGAAGCUCAUUUCAAGUUGCGCGGUCACCAUCGGGCUUGAUGGGAGUAUGGCAGGGCGGCUCCAACUAUUUUUAGACGUACUCUUACAAUCAGACAGGAAUGUGGACGAUGUAUUAUUUUCAUUUGGCAUCAAA